AUGUCUCUGAACAUAGUCGAUAUUACUAAUUGUUGCAAGGAUGAUGUUCCACUGUUGUUGGUAGGAAACAAGAUAGAUCUUGAAGAUGAAAGAGUUGUCACAACUGCUGAGGGAAAGGCAAUGGCUGCAAGAAUUGGGGCUCGGUAUUUAGAAACAAGUGCAAAGGAAGGAAUUAAGGUGUUCUUUGACAUUCUUCGUCUUAUUACAAACUCAGGAUUUCAAGCGGAGGAAUGCCUGGAAGUUGCUCUAAAGGAUGGGUACAUUCCACACAGAGAUGACCUGUUUCCCAUCCACGGACCAGGAGGGGUGGGCAAAUCGAGUCUGAUAUCCAUGUUCCAAGGGAAAGAGAGAGAUCUGGCUCGCGUCAGCACUGCACUUACCGCAGAGCCCCUCCACCUCUGUCCCGUCCGAGAUGUGUCAACGUCCACCUUCACCGGUCCACUGAACCUAGCGAAGCAGCAGCACCUGGCGUCUGAGACUUCUUCAGUCCCGUACCAAACGGCGAUGGCGACGUCUAAAGCGUUUACACAAUAUAAGCUGUUAGUUGUCGGAGCAAGAUGGACAGGAAAGUCAGAACUCAUCUCUCAGUUUAUUCAAGGUAACGAGAUUGAGCCUGCGGCUGAAGAUUUUUAUCGAAAGCAGUGUAUAAUUGAUGAUAAGGUGGCUGUGCUUGACAUCCUGGAUACAACUGGACAAGAAACUUUAACUGCCAUGAGUGAUAUGUAUAUACGUACCCAGGAAGGAUUCCUACUCGUCUAUUCCAUCAGGAGUAGGAUGACUUUUCAUGAUAUUCUGGACUAUCAUGAACAAAUACUUCGAGCCAAGGACAUGUAUGUUAAAUCUGUGCCUGAUGUUCCUAUGGUGUUGGUAGCCAAUGAGCCACAUGAAGAGGAAAGAAUGGAGCAAGAAGAGAGGGAGGUUUCUACUGCUGAGGGAGAGGCUCUGGCUUUACAACUAAAAAUCAGAUACGUAGAAACAAGUGCCAAGCACACCGUCAAUGUGAGCAAAGCUUUUCAUGACCUUGUUCGUCUCAUUCGAGAAUCACAAAAUAAGAAUGUUGAAUUCUCCGUGAAAAAAAUUUUAAAAGCUGCACUUCGUGAUGGCUUUAUUCCCCACAAAGAUGACAAGUUCCUCAUUCAUGGACCGGGAGGGGCAGGCAAGUCGAGUCUUAUCGCCAUGUUCCUCGGGAAACAGAGAGAUCUGAUUCGCAUCAGUACCCCAGUCGCCAAUCAAUCGCUCCACCUCUGCCCCGUUCGAGAUGUCUCAACCAAAACGUACACCCGUGACUGGAAGGAGAUUGACUACAGCUGUCUCUCGCGAAUGAUAGCCCACACUACUCACCUCAUGUACCAGAGAUGGGCCAAUGAGAAAGAAAACACAGCAUACGUUAACAAAGAAACAGCCUCAGACGAUAAACCCCAGCAAGAAGCCUACCUUGCCUCUUCCCGGUAUUUGGGGUUUUUGGCCUAUUUUGAUGGAAAUCAAUCGAGCGUUUUAUUCUUCUAUAUAGGCCGGGGAGAACCAUAUGCAGACUUUGUAGCUGACAAACCACAGGACACUGAGUCUCCACUAAGAUCAAACCCAGCUCCACCAACGCUUACCAAAUCUGAUUUCAAUUCAACAGCCACUCUCUCUCAACAGCCGAAAAUGUCUAAUGGAAAACAUCACGUGGAUGAUUCACCAGGGCGAACGUUAACAGGUUGCGAUUUACAAACUCAACAAGUCUGUGACCUUCCCACUACCCAACACGAAUCUGCUUCUGGUCCUGAGCUGAGCCGUGUUGCAACUAAGGAAAAGACAAAAGUUGCUCCGCUAUUUACAGGUAAACUACAUACUUUUGUUAAUAAAAGUGAAGAUGCUACAAUAAACAAAGCAACACAACCCAGUCGGGUUGAUCAAGCAUGCAAGAUGGCUGCAAUUGAGGAGUACUACCUGGUGGUGUGUGGGGGAGAAGGAGUGGGGAAAUCUGAGCUAAUGUUAAAGUUCGUUGAGGACCGUGAAUAUGAUCCCGAUCCUUAUAGGAAAAAGUGUGUCAUUGAUGGUGAAGUUGUUUUCCUCGAUGUCAUGUCUACGGCAGGAUUAGAAGAGUUCAGUGCCAUGAGAGAGCAGUAUAAUCACACAGGGGAUGGGUUCUUACUAGUCUAUUCUGUCGACAACAGGAACAGCUUUGAGGAAAUUCGGAAGUAUUAUCGGCAGAUACUCAGGGUCAAAGACAAGUCAAAGUUUCCAAUGGUAUUAGUAGCCAACAAUUCAGAUUCAGAGAUGAGAGUAAUUUCUGCAGCUGAGGGAAUGGAACUGGCUUCAGAACUAAAAAUACAAUAUUUUGAAGCAAGUUUGAAGGAUCGUAUUGGUGUAGAAGAACCAUUUUAA